AUGGAUGAAGGAGAGAACCACAGGUGCCUCAAGGUGGAGAAAUCUCCGAGACGCAAAUUCACCGUGCCGAAAAUUGAUCUCGAAGAGAUCGGCAAAAACUCACCCUUCACUCUGUCGCCGCGAGCGAGCAAAGCGAUGAGCAGGAGCAAGUCGAACUGCCUCUGCUCUCCCACCACGCAUGUUGGCUCCUUCAGAUGCCGGAUCCACCGCAGCUCAAGCAUCUCCCGCGGCAGCUCGGUUGGCUCGAACCUCUCCGAACUGGGCUCCAAAUCGAGCGGGGUCGGCGAUUCCGUGGAGGCUCAGUGA